GAGCUUCCGGCGUUUGGGACUGUCACUUUGCUGCCGGGCGUUGGGCUACCCCGCUCUUGGGGACUGCAGCGCGCCGGGUCGGGGCCGGUUUUCCAGGAGGUUCUGGAGACCCGAGGCGAGGGCAGCGAGGAAGGUGCGGGCAGAGCCCGCCUCGCGCGCGCGCGUCCCGUAACCGCAGGCCGACGGCCGCGCCCCGCCCUCCAGCCUCGGUUUCUCCGGGUGUGGUGCGGACGGCCCCGCGUGGCUGGCGGGCGACGCCCCGAGCCACGUGCUUUCCGGGCGGCCCCUGAGGCGGCGCCCCGGGCGUCUGCACCCUUACCGUACGGGGAGACUGAAGACGGGAGCCGGGGUGCCUGGCUCGUCCGCCCGUAUCUGCGCCGUCCCAGGUGCAGGGCCCGAUGGAGGCGGUGCUGACAGACCCAGCGCAGGGCCUGAUGGCGUUUGAGGACGUGGCCGUGUACUUCUCCCCGGAGGAGUGGGGACUCCUGGACACAACCCAGAGGGCCUUGUACCGCCACGUGAUGCUGGAGAACUUCUCACUAGUGACCUCGCUGGGACUCUCUGCCUCCCGACCCCGUGUGGUCGUCCAGCUCGAGCAUGGCGAGGAGCCCUGGGUUCUCGGUGGGACAGAUGUGGCCCCGGCCAGGAAUGCCCAGAGGAAGCCCUGUCCUGGUUCCCAGCUUCUGGCAGAGGACAGAGAUGUUUCUGGAGAACCAGGUUUGCCAGGGGCCUUCUGGGAUAGCCCCUCUCUGGCACCUACUAGGGUCCUCUCCGUCACUGGUGCCUGUGAACGUGGGAAAAGCCUGGAGGGUCGGCGGGGCACCUCCCCGUCUCGGGAGAGAAAACCCACAGGGGUGUCUGUGAUCUAUUGGGAAAGACUCCUGCUGGGCCCGGGCAGCGGGGAGGCCAGCGUCAGCCUGCGGCUGACCGCCCCACUGGGGGCUCCCGAGAGCGGCCCACCCAGGGAGAAGACCCUCAUAGGCCGCCUGGCGCCAGGCAAGCAGCGGAGGACGACCGAGCGGCACAAGCCAUGUGUGCGGGAGGCCCCUGGGAGAGCCUUCUUGGGUACCCCGGACCUCCAGGCAGGUCGUGUUGGUGGGGAACGAGGGGAGGCUGAGGCUUGGCACGAGCCUCAGAGACUGCCCGCCGGCCAGGAGUCCCCGACCUGGGACGAGCUGGGCGAAGCCCUGCGUGCGGGCCCCGGCCUCCUCCCGGGGGAGAAACCUUUCGAAUGCAGGGCGUGCAGCAAAGUGUUCGUCAAGAGCUCCGACCUCCUCAAGCACCUGCGCACCCACACCGGGGAGCGGCCGUAUGAAUGCCCGCAGUGCGGCAAGGCCUUCAGCCAGACCUCACACCUGACGCAGCACCAGCGCAUCCACAGCGGCGAGACUCCGUAUGCGUGCCCGGCCUGCGGCAAGGCUUUCCGGCACAGCUCCUCGCUGGUGCGGCACCAGCGCAUCCACACGGCCGAGAAGUCCUUCCGCUGCGGCGAGUGUGGCAAGGCCUUCAGCCACGGCUCCAACCUCAGCCAGCACCGCAAGAUCCACGCUGGCGGGCGGCCCUAUGCCUGUGCGCAGUGUGGCCGCCGUUUCUGCCGCAACUCGCACCUGAUCCAGCACGAGCGCACGCACACGGGCGAGAAGCCGUAUACCUGUGCGCUCUGCGGGGCUGCCUUCAGCCAGGGCUCGUCGCUUUUCCAGCAUCUGCGUGUGCACCGAGGCGAGAGGCCUUUUGUCUGCACGCAGUGCGGCCGCGCCUUCAGCCACAGCUCCAACCUCACGCAGCACCAGUUGCUGCACACGGGUGAGCGUCCUUUCCGCUGCGGGGACUGCGGCAAGGCCUUCGCCAAGGGCGCUGUGCUGCUCAGCCAUCGGCGCGUCCACACGGGCGAGAAACCGUUUGUGUGCACGCAGUGCGGCCGAGGCUUCCGUGAGCGCCCCGCCCUCUUCCACCACCAGAGGAUCCACACCGGUGAGAGGCCCUCACGGCGGCCCGGAGCUAGGCCUCCUUUGGGGGCAUCGUCAGAGGUUGCACUGGGGAGGGAGAUCCGCCCCACCACUGCCUCAGGGCCCGCAGAAGUUCAGAAAGCCCUGAGACCUCAAGUUACAGCCCGGCCCUUCCCUGCCUGUCAGGAAUCCCUCCCGAGGCUGAGUAUCAUGCGUCUUCUGCAGGAGGUCAAGCGGCAGAAAUAUUGUCGGUGGGGUACUGACACAGAGGCUGUAACUUGGUGGGACCAAGAUUUGGAAGUCAAGAGUGCCACGUCAGGCAUAUUGUGACUGGAGGGGCUAAUGUGAAGAGUGGGAGUUGGGGUAUACGGGGUGGAGUUGGUCCAGAGAACCUGUGAUGUCCACCCACUGACAGCCACGUUUUGGAGGUCCAGGUGGCAUAUGGGGGUAGGUGUUGUAUACAGUAGUCGGGAACCUUUGGCUGCCUGCUGGGUGGUUCAGCACCAAUGUCUAGCCAGUGUCCCAUGAUCCUGCAUCAGUUCUGCCACCAGCCCAGAGAGUGGCUACUCUUCCCCAUUCCAGGCAGUUGGUGGCCCUGGCCUGGGCCCUUUGCUUUAAGGAUUUGAAGGGAGUGCAGCCUAGAGAGUUAUGCCCUACGCUGACCUACUGGGCCUGUGGCGGCACCUCUCUGACCUCCUCCCUGUGUCUGCCUCCCAGAGGGGAGGGCCUAAGUAAGGCUUUCUGGGUCCAGCACCACAGACUGCCCCGCUCACCUUCCAGGCACAGUUCAGCCUCCUGAACCCCAAGCCUGGUCCCUGCUUAUGCCAGAGAGCAGCACACUGGGGGGUGGUCACAGUGGGGUUUGAAUUCAGCCACUGCACGUGUUUCUUCAAGUAUUUAUUGAGCAUCUGCUGUGUACCUGGCAACAGGCCAGGGGCUCAGUCCCACUGAGCCCCAUCUCCCUGCCCUUGAGGUGGGUGCCACAGGAGAAGCUCCCAGCGAGGUGUGCAGAGCGGCAGUGCUUGCAGCCAGAUUUGCCUUGCUGUCUUGAAAUUUCGCAUUCGUUCUGACCAAAAGGUCAGUUCCCUGAGAGCAGGGAUUUCUGCCUGUUUCCCAAGGGCCUGGCACACGGUGGGUGGCGACAGGCAGAGGAGACAAACAGAGGGAUUAAGAUGGGCUGGGAGCAGAGUCCUGGGGACAGGAACACCACUGCCAACAGCUCUGGGCCACAGCCAGGGAGCGGGGCUGAUGGGUUGCCCUGCGGGGCAGGGAGGCAGAGACCAGGCCAAGACAGCCCUGUGCAGGGGUGAGCAUUCCGUUGCCACCUCUGAAGAGGAAGCAGGUU